GGAGCUCGUUCAAACUACCGCUCCCAGGGCCCGCCGCCACCGCCUCCUCCUCUCGCAACCCGCUGAAAGAUUUCCGCAGCGGCUAUGGCGGGGCGCAGCUGGGAGGGCACCGGGGGCUCCUGAAGGGCUGCCGCCCGCCCUCAGCCGCCUCUGAGGGGUCCCCGCCCGCCGCGGAGCAGCCCCCGGGGAGAAAGUUUUCCCUCGGCUCCUCCGCCAGGCCUCGGGGGGAGCAGCGUGAAGCCGCCCGGGGUGCCUCGGCAUGCUGCUCCCCACCGCCCUGGUGCGGGGCGGCGGGCAGCUGCGGGUCCCCCUGGGGAGAUGGCCGCCGGCGCCGUGCCUGAGAUGGCGGCGGCAGCCCCCCCUCAGCCCCUCUGCGCUGCUCCGGGGUGCCCAGGCGAGUGUAUGGACGCAGGCGGGAGGGCUGGGAGCUGAAAAGUCUGGCCAUGACAGCAAACACGUGUCGGUGCGAAGGGAUCAAAAGGAUGAGGCUCUGCUGUCGGCGGCUCGGAAAGUGAAAGAAGCUGGAAGAGACUUUACCUAUUUUAUUGUGGUGCUUGUUGGAAUUGGUGUUACAGGUGGUUUGUUCUAUGUGAUCUUUAAAGAGUUAUUCUCUUCUUCUAGUCCAAGUAAGAUCUAUGGAGAUGCCUUGGAGAAAUGCAGAUCUCAUCCUGAGAUAAUUGGUGUCUUUGGUGAACCCAUUAAAGGUUAUGGGGAGGCAACGCGAAGAGGAAGACGACAGCUUGUCAGUCAUGUUGAAUACGUAAAGGAUGGACUGAAACAUAUGCGUUUGAAGUUCUAUAUUGAGGGCUCUGAACCAGGAAAGCGGGGAACGGUCCAUGUGGAAGUCAAAGAGAAUCCUGAGGGAGGAAAACCUGAAGUCCGUUACAUAUUUGUGGACGUUGACACCUAUCCUAGAAGAACCAUUAUCAUUGAAGACAACAGAUAGCCGAUUUGGAGUUAAAUACAGGAAGUAACCUCUCAGGGCCUCCAUUAAAGUCUCUCAUAACAACAGAUCCAGAAUUUGUGGUGAAACCAAUGAAAAAUAGUAGAGCCAUCACUUAUGGCAAGUACUUUUGAAAUAGGAAAAUAAUGGCUCAUAAUAAACUGUUUAAUGCUGGAUAAUUCUAUUUAACACCUAAAAUCUGAGACUUUCAAGGUUUCAGGUUUAGGUGGGGAGUUUCUUGUCUUCCUUUGCUUGGAUUUCCCACUAGCACUGCAAUAAAGAAAGUGGUAUU